CAGAAGCCUUCAUAACAAUACACAUACAGGGAAAAAAGUCUCUUAAUAUUUGGCGGGGGAGGGUCUUGGUUAAAGAACGGAUGCAAUGUAGCAGAGAGCCCGUUUGCGUCGUCUUUGGGAGGUUCAGGCUGCGAUAAUGACACUGUUAUUGUAAGUAGGUUACACGGGUAGGUUAUAACUACAGCUUCCACUGCUGCAGCCCUUUCUAGACAGCCUACAACUUAUUCUGUUAAAAUGAACGCUCUGUUGCAACCUAUAAAUAGAUCACACCUUCUGUCCCAGCUGUGAUAAUGAACCUUAUCUGAUUGCUGUUUCUUUUACCAUUUGACAUUAUCCUUAAUCAGGGCUGAUGUUAAAGGACGCACACAUCCUAAUUGUUGCCGAAGUGAAACUGUUGAUGGAGGACAUAUUCUUAAUUGGUUGGUUGUGAUACAAUAAAGUAGUGAAAUACCAGGGUUAUUGUACCUGUCAAGCGUUUAGCUGGUGAGGUGAUAAAAAGUACAUCGUUUUUGGGAAAAAGAACACAAAUGUAAACUAUCAUUUGGUGCAACAAUCUCAACUUGUCUGAUUGGAGGAGAGGCUUUCACCUCUUGUUGAGCAUAAAUCCGUUUAUACCUGCAAAACGGCACAGGCGGAGCAUGUUUUUGUGCCCAUCAAGUGGACCUUUUUUCUGGAUUAGCGUCAGGUGACUUUGCUCUCUGGCAGAAGAGAUAAAGAGCCUCCUGCUAUAUUGUGUUCAGACAGUCUGACCAUCUGAUUGUGAGCUGGAUAAAAAACAUAGUUUUAAAUCUCGUGUUAUCGGUCUGAUCCUGUCAUUGCAUAAAACAUUUAUAAAGAAGCUCAAACUGUACAGUAUGUCACUCACCUUCAGACUCUGUAUGGUUGAGCAUGUGUAGCAUGAUGGCUUUGCCCCCCCUCUUCCCAUCACUGAUGUGGCCUAUCUGUCCUCUAUGGGUGCUGCUGGUGGAGAUCGAUGGAGCUCAGAGCCCACCGCUUGAUGGCCCCCCUGUGGUACAUAGAUCUGAUUAGCACGCUUCAGCCCCUGCAAGCAGCCAAUCAUUAUUCAUGAGAAGUAACUGCACCGGUUGUGGCAAUUACCUCUGUGUUAGCUCCACACGGAAGUGAGGUUAUUCAUUUAUUAUCACAGAUAAAUCAGGCACAUUGAUACAAACAGCAUCCUCUGUAACAAUAUGUCCUAUUAAACAGAUAUUUGUCAUGGGCCAGGCUGAGUCAGUGCCUUUUCAGUUGCACCGGCUAUAGUACUCCCAUCUCACAUGUACUGGACAUCUUGAUUCACAAUAUUUAACCAGAGGACAUAAAGUGUUUUUGUGUAUAGACAAUAAUUCAGAAUAUUUUUUGUGGAAAUAUAUGUCCUUCUUAUAUGCUUUGAAGAGAAUCUGAAUGCACUAUCCAAUAUGUUUCGGCCAGUCAGAAUGUAUUUUGAAUGUUUUUGUCAUCUUUGUCGUCAAAAGAAAAUUGAGAUAAUUGAUUCAUCAUUUAAGUGAUUUCCUUGAGCAACAUGCUCAAAUAUUUUCCAUUUCCAGCGUCCCAACAGUGAGCUUUAGCUGCUUUCCUUUGUCAAAAUGUGAUAGUAAACGUAAUAUCUUUGGUUGGUUGGCGAAAACAAACAAUUUGAAGACAUCCCAUUGUGUUUUAUCAAUUAAUGACUUCAGAGAGGAAAUUAUUUAAAAAGUAACAAUUAGUAUAGGCUUACUGUGGACUACUGUAAAGAAUGGACGUGAUCCCUGGCCUGAUCCGCGUUAAUGUCUGAAGUAUCAGUGUAUAGCUGCAGGCUGAGCCUACACUGUUGUUGUAUUAUUUUAGAUAUUGUAGCAUCUUUAAAUCUAUAGGCAAGAUCUAAAUCACGUUAGCCGAUUGAAACAUUUUCCUUCCCACAGACAACAGGAAGUUAGAAAAAGGCCUCAAAAGACUCCACGUUUCCCUCGUAGUAAGCAUUUAUGAUGACCAGCCCCUCCCUCAGUUGUCCAAGCAUUAGCCAUUACUGUGCUCUCAGUCUUGCAGUCGCCAACUCCCCACCCCCUCUUAUCAGCACAGGGCCAUCAGCGUUUACCUUGGUAGUGAUGCUCUUCCAUUAGUCACCCCACCUUUUAAUACACCCUUGAGGCCAUACUGCUCUAUCUGGACCUUUCAGUGUCGUAUCAUAUUUCCUGUGCUGUUUUCUUUUGUCUAGAAUCUCUUUACAUGAUUUAUUUUUGAAAUAAAACCUUUUUUUCUAUAUGUACAACUUUUAUCCUGUGGGAUGUUGACGGAGCAGAUACUGUAUAUUAUUUCAAGCAGUGCUUUUACCUUCCUUCUAACCUGUAAGCUGCUGCAGCGAGUCUUUCAUUCAUGGUCACUGAGCAGUUAGAGCGGAGCAACUGAGAGUUAAGUGCUUUGUUCAAGGUCACCUGGGUAAUAGCAUUCAUCAGAUUCCUCCAUCUUCUCCCUCUUGGUUGGUGAAAUCACCUUAAAAACUGCCACAGUGUGCCACAAUGUCAUUUAGCAUAAUCUUGUCUUUUGUUGUUAUAAUUUGCUGUUCUGCUAUCAUUGGUUCUCCGCUGUUUACUUUGAGCAUUCAUACGUGGGUGAAUUUAUUUUUCCUCUUGGUCCACGGGAGCCAUUUAUCUCUGAAUCUUAAAACAACAUGUUGGAUGACAGAGUUCUCACAUAUGUGGGCCCCAAUGUUUCUGCUACUCCUGGGCUGUUUCUAAGAGUUGGCAUGUCACAUUUUAUAGCUUAUUUCAAUUGACGUUUUUGAUGGCAUUGUAGUAGAGUGUGUUGAGUUUAUAUAGGUUUUUUACUAAUGACAUCUUCAACAUGAAUCUGAGUUUACCACAAUGCGGCAAAACGUUCAUAUUUAGACCUGCGAUCACAAUUAAUAUACAGAAAUAAAUGAAUACUUAUUAUUGUUAUAAGUUGUAGCAUGAAUGCAAGGCGUACAGAGUUGUGUCAGCCUAAAGAGAUUGGGGGUAACUAUAUUUUGUGGGCCAUGCGUCCCCAUUUUAUCCCCAUUUUCAUUAGACUUUGCUGUUUUCCAGUAGUCAGAUCUGACAGUAAUCAAAUGCAUUUGGAUGUCAGGAUAGCUUUAAGUGACCAGCAGCAAAAGAAAGUCCUCGUCGGUACAUCUUCCGCUUUGCCCUGCUCUGACCUCCUUCUCUGCCCCGCCCUUUCCCCGAGCAAGGUUAGCACAUCCGGCGCACCGUACCUGUUACACUGCAGUGCUAUCCGGAUGAUCAAUGGUGGAGGAAAAAAGGAGGCAUGGCUCCAUUCUGCAGUAACUUAAUGCCUCAUCCUUAUGCCACCACCAGAGAGGGCUGCUCAUGCUCCAACAGCACGACCCUCUGCAUCAGCUCUUUUCUCUCUGUGUGUGUGUGUAUACUCUAUGUGCGCAUAUGGGGGUUGGUGUGCGCGCGCAUGAAUGUGUCCUGGCAAAAGCCUGCAUAAUUGAUGAGCAGGGGAAGGAGUGAAAGCGCUGCCGGACGGGACAGUGAGUGUGUAGAGAUGGGGGAGAGGGAUACAGCGUGGCAGGAGCCUAGCUACGAUGGGCUCUGCAACUACGCCCAAAGAAUCACCUCCUGCUUCGGACUGGAUGUGGCUCAUGCGCAGGACACACACCACCACUCCACAGAGAAGCCCCUGAUUCAGUGCUACAAGUGUGGCGAGCCAUGUAAGGGCGAGGUGCUGCGGGUGCAGAACAAGCACUUCCACCUCAAGUGCUUCACCUGUAAAGUGUGCGGCUGUGACCUUGCCCAGGGGGGCUUCUUCAUGAAGAAUGGAGAGUAUCUGUGCACGCUGGACUACCAACGCAUGCACGGCACCCGCUGCAAUGGCUGUGGGGACUUUGUGGAGGGGGAAGUGGUCACCGCACUGGGCAAGACCUACCACCCUGCCUGCUUCGUCUGCACCAUCUGCAAACGACCGUUCCCCGCUGGGGACAGGGUGACCUUCAACGGGAAGGACUGCUUGUGUCAGUACUGUGUCGAGCCCAUGUCUCCGGGACCAAAGGACAUCCUGGGCUCCAGCAACUGUGCAGGAUGUGGCCGAGACAUUAAGAACGGACAGGCUCUCCUAGCAUUGGACAAACAGUGGCAUCUGGGCUGCUUUAAGUGUAAGGCCUGCAGCAAAGUGCUGACUGGCGAGUACAUCAGCAAGGAUGGCGCCCCCUACUGUGAGAAGGACUACCAGAUCCAUUUUGGAGUUCAGUGUGAGGCGUGUCAUCAGUUCAUCACAGGGAAGGUGCUAGAGGCAGGAGAUAAGCACUACCACCCUAGCUGUGCGAGAUGCAGUAGGUGCAAUCAGAUGUUCACAGAAGGAGAAGAGAUGUAUCUGCAAGGAUCAACAGUGUGGCAUCCCGGCUGCAAGAACACCACCAGAACAGAGGAGAGACACAGGGAGCGGCUAUUGCCUCCGUCCCUCUUAUUCCUCCAAAAAAACAGAAAGCCUACGAGGUCAUCGUCCGAGAGUAUUUGUUCCAGACCUGGUUCAAGCAUACCUGGCUCACCGGGUCACACGAUCUAUGCAAAAGUAGACAAUGAGAUCCUUGAUUACCGAGACCUAGCUGCCAUUCCAAAAGUCAAAGCCAUUUAUGACAUUGAGCGUCCUGAUCUUAUUACCUAUGAACCUUUGUACACCACCUCCCUGGCUGAGAGAGAGGAGAGAGGAGAGAGUGUGGGAGAGCUCCACACUGCCAGGAGGGAGCGUUCCCCCUUGCCUGAUGACAGGUGCUCAAGAAACAUGUCGCCAACCCCAUCUGGUGAGGGCUCUUACGAGAGGAGGGAACGUAUCCUCCAAAGGUCCACCAGUCAGGGCUCCAUAGGAUCACCAGUUUAUAAUCGACAUGGUUACACCCCCACCCUGUCACGGUCACCGCAGCAUUUUCACAGACCAGAGGCUCUGACAGGCAUGCAGAAGCUCUGCUCCUCCUUGUGCAGUAACAGUGUGGGCUCCAGAAAUAGUGACUCCCGCCCCACCUCCCCUUUCAGACACCACUUCAUCCCCCAUAGCCAAGGCACUGACCCGCCGAGUGGCCGGAGCUCCCCCCUCCCGCUCAGGCCCGACAGCCGGCCGGUCACCCCGCCUCUAUCUCAGACCCCUAAACAUUUCCACCUUCCAGAUCAGGGGAGCAACAUCUACAGAAAACCACCCAUCUACAAACUACACGAUACAGAUGCCAUAGCACGUCAAAGCAAGUCUGCUGAUGAGAUCAUCAGAUCCGCCACCUUCCCCGCUGCCCAUGCUCCCUCUCCAGAUGACAGCUCACGGAGUGAGGCCGACCGUUGGCCCUGCUCUCUCGCUGUAUUAGGUCCAGAAGGGAGGAGAAGAUCCAGAGAAGAGGAGGAGGAAGAGGCCUUGAAAAAAAAGCAGCUCCACGAGGAACAUCUCAGCAAGAUUCAGUCUGGUUUGGGAAAGCUCAUCCUGAAGGAGGAGAUGGAGAAAGAGCAGAUCAGGGAGCGUCACGCACGUAGCCUCUCUGCCCAGCGCUACGACCCCAAACAGACCAACUGUGACACAGAUCUGACUUCUCCGACCAAAACUAACUCUCUGCCUGGCUACGGAAGGAAUGGGCUGCACCGGCCCCAGUCAACAGACUUCACCCAGUACAACAGCUAUGGCGACAUGUGUGGAGGAGGCAGAGAGUUUCAGCACAUUAAGGAUGGCCGUGCAGCACUUGCAAGGAUGGACAGGGGAGUAUCUAUGCCUAAUAUGUUGGAACCAAAAGUGUAUCCCUAUGAAAUGCUCAUGAUAACCAGUAGAGGGAGAGCUAAACUGCCCAGGGAUGUGGACAGAACCAGACUGGAGCGCCACUUAGCACCUGAAAUGUUCUUUGACUUCUUUGGAAUGGAGAUCCAGGAGUUUGACAGGCUUCCCCUGUGGAAACGCAACGACAUGAAAAAGAAGGCCAAGCUCUUCUAGCACUCAGAGCAGCAUGCACAUACUGUACAUUCAUUCAGAUAGCACACGCCAACUGUAAUCUAGAUGUAGGUUUUUGGUUCAUUUCCCUUUCUUCUGUUUUUUUGUUUUAUCCUGGCAUAAUCAAGGAAGCCAUGAAAUGGACUAUUUUUUUUUUUUUUUGCUCUGAUGCUUCCUGAGACUGUGAGCUGAAUGAUUUGUCCAGAUAGACUUGCAGAGAAAACAAGGAAUCUCUUCCACGUUCAAAAAUGACAAAGAAUGAGAAUGAAUGAAUGAUAAAUAGGGUCUUUUAUUUGUUUUGACGGCGCUUGUUUUACUUCUUGCUUUGCUUUGGGUGGAACUGCUUUCCUUUCUUUCUUGCUUGUUUCUUCCUACUAUUUGUUGCUGUUGAUUCCUGUGGAACUUUGUAAGUACAGUAGAACCUCAUGGCCCCAUUACGCCAUGUCCAUGCUCGUAGCUUGAACAUGUGUCAGCUUUCCUUCGCUUGGGCUGAAACGGUUUUAGUCCAAAGUUUGCAAGAAUCGGCUCAGUGAGUCUUUGAAUCAUUUUUUUUAAAUAAAGCCGCUGGGAAAGCAGUCAGCAGACCCACUAACUGUUUUACUGGAUCUACGUGGAAAUGAAUCAUCCGAGCACCUACACAUCGCCAGUGUCCUUCCCUUGGCUACUGUACACGCCAAACAUUCAUCUGACCCUCACAAAAAGAAAAUGUCUCUCUUCUCAGGCUCUCAUAAACAUGGCCAAACACUUUCCCUUUACAUGUAUUGGAAGUACAAAUAUAUUUUAAUGCCGUAUCCAACAUACAGUAGCCAACAAAUAGAUAAAACACCUAAUGUAAGAAGCAACUGUAUUUGAAAGUACUGUUUUAUAAAUGAAAACCCACACUGCCAUUUGUUGUAUUGAAAUCUAAGCCAAUAAAGCUUUAAAUCACCAUGAACCAUAUGAUCCUCAGCUCUACCAAAGGUACCCACUGCCUCUUUUCUGUUCUCUGUUUCUUCUCUGGAUUUCACCAAUAAACACACAUCCUCUGUGAUGUUACACAGGGUAAGAGGUUAUCUGAGGACUUCACAUUCAUGUGACCAAUCACACGGGGGAGUCUAUUGACUUUCUAGACAAACUCUAACCUGUGACGAAAGAUCUUUUUCCAUGAGCUUGGUCUUUUAACUCUGAUAGAAAUAUACAGUUUUUAAAUGCAUCUCAGUUUAUUGUCAAAUAUUCCUCUGAUGUCAAUACACAGACUAGUGAACAACAGCCACCAAGUAAGGAUUGUGUCACUAUUCAGUAUUAUGUUUUGCGAUGCAAAAAUUGAUACUUCAUUACAGAUCGUGCAUUGAAAGCCCAUUUGCAACACAUUAUGUUCUGGAUAUGUAAGUGACCAUUUUCCAAAGCAUACCGCAGCUUUUAUUUUAGAUUAAAUGAUUAAUUUGGUCCUGUGUAUGAUAUCCAUGUUUUCCUAUUGUUUGUCUCUGGGUUUGUGUUUCCAACAAUGUGGCAACUCAGUGGGUUUAUAAAAGCUGUGCUGUAAAGCAGCUAGCUGUUAAUGAAUAUCCAAAGUCAGAGUCUCUCACCUGAACAUUACUGUGAAACACUCCUCUAAAGACUUUCUAAGGUAAAGCUUGAUAUCACCCCACAAUGAUAGAAAAUAUAAUGUUUAGAAAGUUCAAUUUAAUGAAUAACUUACCUCAAGCAUUUUUACAUACUGAAAUGAACUGAAUAGUGGCUCCCUGGAGGGCAGGAGAAACGCAGUUAAAGUUCCCCUCCGGACUCAUUUGAAGAUAAAAUACUCUGCUUGUAAUAAUACAAAUUUCCCCCACAAAAAAUAACUUCUAUAAAUCUGUUAGAAUGUCUUAAAAUUGCAUCUGCUCCUUCUACCAUGCACCUAAAAAACAGAAUCUAUGACUGCGAGUAUUGUUCAUUUUAAACUUCUGACAGAUAUGUCCUUCACUGAAAAGAGCAUUCUAACUGUAUGUUCUCCUCCAAACUAUAAUGUCAUAAAAGCCUACAUAAUAUCAUCAAAAUAAGCAUCUUAAACUAAGAUUUAAGGUAAUCAUGGAGAAACUUUCUCCUUCGCCAGAUGAG